AUGAAAUUUAACUGUGUUCUAUUAGCCGCUUUCAUGGUCGCUGCCGCUCCUUCCCCUAAACAUGACCAUGAGGACAGACACGCCAUCAAGAGAGACGUCGAUGUGGUCACCGUCGUUGAGUAUGUCGGUGCCGAUGACGGUAACGGUUUCGAUGUCAAGACAUCCACUAAGGCCCAACCAUCCAGCGUCGCCACUUCUACCAGAAAGACUCUGCAGCCUUCCUCCUCCUCCUCCUCUUCCUCUUCCUCUAGCAACGGUGGUAGCGGUUCUUUCAAAGACGGUACCAUCCCAUGCUCCCAGUUCCCAAACGUGGACAACGUUGUCGCUGUCGACUGGGUCGGCCUGGGUGGCUGGGCCUCCGUCAUGAACUUCGACGGCUCCUACGGCCAGUCCUGUUCCGACGGCUUAUACUGCUCUUAUGCUUGUAAGCCCGGUUACUCCAAGACCCAGUGGCCUUCCGAACAACCUUCCGACGGUAAAGCCAUCGGUGGUCUGCUGUGUAAGAACGGUUACUUGUACCGUACCAACACCAACGCUGACUCCCUAUGUCAGCAGGACAUCCAAUCCGCUAACGCCAAGAACACCCUAGGUAAGUCUGUCGCGCUAUGUAGAACCGACUACCCGGGCUCUGAGAACAUGGUCGUCCCAACUGUCGUGGACGCCGGCUCUAGCCAGCCUAUGUCAGUGAUCGACAGUGACUCUUACUACCAAUGGCAAGGCAAGAAGACCUCCGCUCAGUACUACGUCAACAACGCCGGUGUCUCCAAGGAGCAAGGUUGUGUCUGGGGUGAUGCUGCCAGCGGCAACGGUAACUACGCUCCAUUGAUCUUCGGCUCCGGUAAGAGCAACGGUGUCACUUACUUGUCCAUCACCAAGAAUCCAAACAGCAACAGCGCUGCUAACUUCAACGUCAAGAUCGAAGGUGCCGACGGCGCCGAUGUCGGCGGUACGUGUGUCUACGAAAAUGGCCAGUUCUCCUCAGGCUCCGACGGGUGCACCGUCGCUGUCAAGUCAGGUGUCGCUAACUUCAUCUUCUACUAG